GAGGAGAUGCCAGUAAUUACCCUUUACACACUCGCCGAAUAACUGUCGCGGCGGGAAACAAAGGGAACUGUGGAGUCAAUAGUGCGCGCUCCAUCCAAGUCCAUCAAGCCAUGUGAGAAAGAUCUGCUGCACAGAUAUUCACCGUAGGGUUGAGCGCCGCUCCCCGGAAAACUGAGACUACACCUCCUUGUUAAGAACUGUUCUUGCAACCUGAGAGAGAAUAACAGAAUGCAUGCACAUCAUUAGAUAGUGGAAGUCAUAUUGAUCGCCUAUAUCGUUUACGCCUCCAAGCGAGGUUUUUUUUUUCCUAAGCGGAGGCGAGAUAAACAUUUCCUAUUCAAGAGGGAACGGGUCUGGCAAUUGAGAUGUCGGAAGCUUUGUCACAGCAAGAGAGACUCCGGGCUAUUGCUGAGAAGAGAAAAAGGGAGACUGAGAUUGAGAACAAAAGAAGACAACUGGAGGAUGACCGCAGACAACUCCAGCAUCUCAAGUCAAAGGCAUUGAGAGAGCGGUGGCUGUUGGAUGGAGCGCCAUCCAGUGGGGAGGAUGAGGCACAGAAACAACUUGAAGCAGAUGAAGCCAAGACCAAACAACUGGAAAAGACCAUUCUCAGACUAGAACAGGAGAUUGAUGAGCUUGAGAAUGGUGUACCUUUGAAAAAAGCCUCUGAAGAUGACAAUGAAAAUGCACUAGACGGUCCAGUUAAGGCAGUUGAGAAUGGCAUACAGCAGCCCAGCCCCAAUGCAGAUCAAACCACCAAGAAACAGAUCACAGGCAUUGAGGCCCAGCUCCAGUGCACCAAUCCUGACUCAGCCAUUGAAAAUGCCAGUGCAGAGCAUCCCGUCACUAUGGUAUUCAUGGGCUAUAAAAAUGUUGAGGAUGAGGCAGAUUCCAAGAAGGCAUUGGGCAUAGAGGAAACAGUGAAAGCAGAAUUUGUGGUCAUUGAGGACGGUGAGAGCAAAGGAGGGAAUGAGGGGGCCAAAGGGGACCAGGCCCCACCAAACGGCAGCACCUCCAGUCCCGACAAAGCUCAUGAUGAGGCCAAGAAAGAGGAACUGAAAGAAGAGGGCAAUUCGAAAGAAAAGCAGCCAUGCAAGUGCUGCACAGUCAUGUGAGUCUGACCACUCACACUGAAGUUUAGACUCUCACGGAAAACUGAAACCCUGAUCAUAAUACAACAAUGAUUAAGUAUACCCUGUAUACUUAUUAACUUUUGUUGUCUAGUAGGUAUGCCUUUUUUUAUUUCUAUUAAUAUUUUUCUAUAUUUCUGUCUUGACAUUUAUAAAUCUAUAUAUACAUAUAUUUUCAUUAUGUAAUCUUAUGAAGUCCAGUAUUUUGCUUGUCGAAGAACAGAAAAUUAGAACCACUACAGAUUCCACUUGAGGCAAUGAUGUGGUUUAAAGACCAUUUUUGUGGCCUCACACUUAUUUUAUUUGAAGGAAAACCAGAUUUCAAUAUAUGAACAUUUAGUUAUUUAUCUCCUGUAUUAGUUUGUUUAUAAAAUAUUACUUUAUUACUGAGAAGAAAUGACUAUAUUGAUAUUACUAUGUUAUUAUGCUUUUAAUAUAUAUUUUGAGCCUUUUGUUUGGUCUUAUUUUUAAUUUUCUUUUUUGGCCAAAACAUUUCAGACCACUGUGAACACUGGUACAUAGCAUGUAGUCUUUGUCCAAAAUCAUAAAUUCCGCAUCACACAUUGUGGUAGGUAAAUAUAUUUGUAAAUAUGAUCCAAUUAUUUAUGACUGUUCGUUCUGUAAUAGAAUACAUUUAAUCAUGUUUAAAAUACACAAAUACAUCAAACCCCUGAUCCCCACUUUUAACCACAGGAUUUAUCUGCUUUAACACUAAAUCAAUUUUUAUAGGCCAAAUGCUAUUUACAGGAUAAUCUUUAAAAAAAAUAGUAAAGCUAUUGCUUUUAUACAUGAAGGACAACAACGUUAGACAUACAUGUAAUUGUAAUCAAUAUUCAUUUUAAAAGAUUAGGAAAUUUUUUCCCAAUGCACUGAAAUGUCUCCUCUCACAUCUCUGUUAUAGCUCAUAUAGUUGAAAAUGCAUUCUAAUAGCAUGUCACACUUUGCUAAAGAUAUCUUUCUAACAUUUGGAAAAUCAUUAAUUAGCGUUUUUAAAGUGAAAUGAUCAAAAAUCUUUCCUUAUGGAAAUGUCUUUAUCAAAUCUGGGGUCUAAAAAUGUUUUCACAUUCCAAGACCAAUAGCUUUGUAUAUGUAGUUUAGAUGUCUUUCUGAUAUAUUUCCAUUGAAUGAAUUAUAUUAUUUUGUGUGAGUAUGUAUUGUGGAUAUCAAAUUAUGUCAUGAGUUAUAGGUGCUUUAUUUGUAUGGCCAAUGCUUGUUAUGGUCCAAGUGUUUAAAUCAGGAACAAUGACAAUAAACAAAAAUGUUUGUA